UUUGUUAUAGCUUUUGAAGAUACGAUGUAUCGAAUCCUUUACUUCCUCUUCUUUCUCUCAUAUUCCCGAGUUAUUUGUUUCUCUUUCUCUAAUUCUACGAAGCUGUGUCCUCAUCACCAGAAUGUUGCUUUGCUUCGACUUAAGCAAACAUUUUCCGUAGAUGUUUCCGCUUCUUUUGCCAAGACAGACACUUGGAAGGAAGACACUGAUUGUUGCUCAUGGGAUGGUGUCACAUGCAAUAGGGUUACAAGCCUUGUAAUCGGGCUCGACCUUAGUUGCAGUGGCCUCUAUGGCACCAUUCAUUCCAACAGCAGCCUCUUCCUCUUGCCUCAUCUACGAAGGCUCAACCUUGCUUUCAAUGAUUUCAAUAAGUCCUCUAUUUCAGCUAAGUUUGGACAAUUCCGGAGAAUGACUCAUCUCAACCUUUCUUUCUCUGGAUUUUCAGGUGUAAUUGCUCCAGAAAUCUCCCACCUAUCCAACUUGGUUUCGCUUGAUCUCUCCAUCUAUAGUGGAUUAGGACUUGAAACAAGUAGCUUCAUUGCACUUACUCAAAACCUAACGAAGUUGCAGAAACUUCAUCUCCGAGGUAUAAAUGUCUCUUCCAUUUUGCCUAUCUCCCUACUGAAUUUAUCUUCUUUGAAAUCUAUGGAUCUCUCUUCCUGUCAACUGCAUGGGAGAUUCCCUGAUGAUGAUCUUCAGCUGCCCAACCUUAAGGUUCUCAAGUUAAAGGGUAACCAUGAUCUCAGUGGGAAUUUCCCAAAGUUCAAUGAGAGUAAUUCCAUUCUGUUGUUGGAUCUUUCUUCAACAAAUUUCAGUGGGGAGCUUCCUAGUUCAAUAAGCAUUCUAAAGUCUUUAGAAAGUUUGGAUCUCUCUCACUGCAAUUUUUCAGGGUCCAUUCCCUUGGUGUUAGGGAAGCUCACACAAAUCACUUACUUGGACCUCUCAAGAAACCAAUUUGAUGGUGAAAUCUCAAAUGUUUUCAAUAGGUUUAGAAAGGUAAGUGUAUUAGACAUUUCCAGUAAUAGUUUCAGAGGUCAGUUCAUAGCGUCACUUGACAAUCUAACAGAACUUUCUUUCUUAGACCUUUCAAACAAUAAGCUAGAAGGUGUCAUUCCUUCUCAUGUGAAGGAACUUUCAAGUCUAUCCUCUGUCCAUUUGUCCAAUAACUUGUUCAAUGGGACAAUACCAUCUUGGUUGUUUAGUCUACCAUCAUUGAUAGAGUUAGAUCUCAGUCAUAAUAAACUCAAUGGUCAUAUUGAUGAAUUCCAAUCCCCUUCAUUGGAGUCCAUUGAUUUGAGUAAUAAUGAGUUAGAUGGGCCAGUUCCAAGUUCCAUCUUUGAACUUGUAAAUCUUACAUAUCUCCAGCUUUCUUCAAAUAACUUGGGUGGCAUUGUGGAGACAGACAUGUUCAUGAAUCUUGAAAAUCUUGUCUAUCUCGAUCUUUCAUAUAACAUUCUGACAUUGAGCAACUACAACCAUUCCAACUGUGCACUACCAUCCUUGGAAACAUUGUUGUUGUCUUCUUGCGACAUAAGUGAAUUCCCAAGAUUUUUAUGCAGUCAAGAGUUAUUGGCAUUUUUAGAUCUUUCAAACAACAAGAUUUAUGGACAACUUCCGAAAUGGGCAUGGAAUGUGGGUACGGAGACACUGUCUUACUUAAAUCUUUCUCAAAACAUGCUAACCAGGUUUGAGAGAUUUCCAUGGAGGAUUAUGCAAUAUCUCGACCUUCAUUCCAACUUGCUUCAAGGGCCACUUCCAUCAUUGAUUUGUGAAAUGAGUUAUAUUGAAGUUUUAGAUUUCUCCAAUAACAACUUGAGUGGCUUAAUUCCACAAUGUUUGGGAAACUUCAGUAAGUCUUUCUCAGUUUUGGAUUUGCGAAUGAAUCAACUUUAUGGUACCAUUCCUAAAACGUUUUCAAAGGGCAAUCUUAUCAGGAAUCUUGACUUCAAUGGAAAUCAAUUGGAAGGGCCUCUACUACGAUCUUUGAUCAAUUGUAGAAGGUUGCAAGUUUUAGACCUUGGAAAUAACAGAAUAAAUGAUACAUUCCCCCAUUGGUUGGAAACUCUUCCGGAGUUACAAGUUUUGAUCUUGCGUUCAAAUAGGUUCCAUGGUCACGUAAGGGGUUCAAAUUUCCAAUUUCCAUUUCCCAAGUUACGAAUAAUGGAUCUCUCACGCAAUGGUUUCUCUGCCAGUUUAUCGAAAAUAUAUUUGAAGAAUUUCAAGGCAAUGAUGAAUGCGACUGAGGAUAAAAUGGAAUUAAAAUUUAUGGGCGAAUACUCUUAUCGAGAUUCAAUAAUGGUAACAAUCAAAGGAUUUGAUUUUGAAUUUGUAAGUAUCUUGUUUACUUUCACAAUAAUUGAUUUGUCAAGCAAUAGAUUCCAAGGAGACAUUCCAGAUUUCAUUGGUAGUCUUAGUUCACUUCGAGAACUCAACUUGUCUCAUAACAACAUUACAGGGCAUAUUCCAUAAUCUUUGGGGAAUCUAAUGGUGCUUGAAUCGUUAGACCUCUCUUCGAACAAGCUCAGUGGGAGAAUUCCAAGGGAGUUGACAAGUCUAACGUUUCUUGAAGUCCUAAAUCUUUCAAAAAAUCAUCUCACUGGAGUCAUUCCUCGAGGCAACCAAUUUGAUUCAUUCACAAAUAAUUCAUAUAGUGGGAAUAUAGGAUUAUGUGGAUUUCCCUUAUCUAAGAAAUGUGUAGUUGAUGAAGCACCACAACCUCCCAAAGAAGAGGAGGUGGAAUCUGAUACUGGAUUUGAUUGGAAAGUCAUAUUGAUGGGGUAUGGCUGUGGACUAGUAGUUGGAUUGUCUAUUGGGUGCCUCGUCUUCUUAACAAGAAAGCCUAAAUGGUUUGUAAGAAUGAUUGAAGGAGAUAGACACAAGAAGGUUAGAAAGUCAACAAGGAGCACUUGUAGGCAUGGAGCAAGAAGAAGUUAGGCCCACUACAAGGAAAAUGUCAAAAGAUGACGUUUUUUAAACAUCAAGAUAGAUAUAAGAUGACGCUGUUCAAAAGCGUCAUAUUUUUUACUGUCAUCUUAUAAAUUGCCAUUUGUUGACGCAUUUUAGAAGCGCCAUAGUAUUUUCAACUCAGCAAUGACACUCAUAGUGAGUGUCAUAAUUUUAAACCUUGGCACUUUUUAAGUGUCAUCAUAUG